AUGGGUGAAAUUAUUGAAAUUGAAAAAGAAAAAAAUAAUACUGUUAUAAACAAAAAUGAUAUAAUUUCAUUGGAUGUUUCAAAUGAAAGUGGAACCGAUUUCAAAGAAAUAAAAGAAGAGCAAUUAUCAGUAUCAUUGUGUAUUAAAAAAAACUGUCUUUUAAUUUUUGCCUGUAUCUUAAUUAUGAUAACCUUGGUUGUAAUCAUCGUUGUUUUUUCAAGGAAUACAAGUUAUAGAAUGUUUUUUUCAAAUCAAUAUAGUAAAGGAUAUGAAAUAAUUAAUAAUAGUAAUGAUUUUGAUUAUGAUAAAAUUAUUUUACAAAAUGAAAAAGAAGAUGAAUUUAAUAAACUUUUAUAUUCAAUUAAUUUACCAUUUAAAAUAACAAAUAAACAAUUUAAAAAAUUUAAUGAAACCAAUGAAAAUAGAAAUUCAUUUGUUAAUGAUACAUUAAUUGGAGUACCAUCAUCAACUUUUAUAUAUUUCUCAAAUUUGUUACCAUUUUUUAGUUCAAAUCAAAUAUCAAUUAAAAAAAUAAUCUCAAAUAAUAAAGAUCUUCAUAUUACAACAUUAAAUAAAACAAUUCUUUAUAUUAGAUUAAUUUCAUUUAAUAUUAAUAUUCAAAUUUCUGAUUUAUAUAAUCAAUUAAAUAAUUCAUUAAUUUCAAUAGAUAAUUUAAAAGGUAAAUUCAUUUUAAAUUCAAAUUUAUUUUAUUUACUUCCUUCUGGUAUUAGGAAACCAGAUAUAGUUUUUUAUGAAACUGAUAAUGAAAAUGAAAAUGAUACUGAUAAUUAUAAUGAAAAUGAUAAUGAUAAAAUCAAAUUUAAAAAGUUAAUACCAAAUCAUUUUAUUUUAGAAUGUAGAUCAAAAGGUGAUUCAUUAAAUUAUUGUAAAAGAAAAGUAUUUGAUUGGAUAAAUUUUGGUGUUAAAACUGCUUUAUUAGUUGAUGGAAUUGGUUCAAAUUCAUCUCGUGGUGGUUGUUAUUAUUAUUGUUUAUCACCUAAAUCAGAUAAUCAAUUACCAUUAAUUCCAAACUCAACAAUUGAAUUAGAUUCAAAUAAUGAACCAACUGGAUUAAAUGUCUUAUAUUUUGAUUGGAAUAAUUAUAAUAUUCAACCAAAUAUGUGUCCAAAUUUUAAAAUUAAUUUAGUUGACCAUCUAAGUGGCAUUGUUAUUGAUUUUUCAAAGAUACAAAAUUAA